AUGUCCAGCAAACAAAAGCUAGUUCCUAUCAAACCAACAACUAAUGAUAAUGAUGGAGAUGAGGUCGCCAAUCAAAACACACACUCCUUGGCAACACUAAACAAACGCAAUGUCAGCUCUUCAAAAUUCAAUUCGAAACCAAACUUACAAGCAAAGCUACAACACAACAAUUCCAGAGGUAUAAGCUCUCGAAUGUUGAGCAAACUAAACAAGACCAACAGUACAAUCAGUAAUAGUUCCAGUAUUGCGUCAACAUCCAACUAUUCGAGCACUUAUAAAUCAUCCGAAUACAGUACUGAUAGCACUUCAGAGGCAGAGAGAAAUGAAAUGGAAGAGGAGGCAUUUGUAAUUACAACUCUUGAGGAAUACUCAUUACUGAACGAUUUGGUAGAACAGUUUCAGUCGUGUGGUUGUCCAAUUAUUGUAUUCGAUAGCAAUCUCACUAUUGAAUAUCUUAAUAAUCAGGCAGAGGAAGUGUUUGGAUUUUAUUCUCUGGCAGUCAUGGGAGAAUAUUUGAGUGAGUUAUUAUCUCAUGAAUCAACCAUGGAAAUCAAGAGAGCCAUUGAAGAUUUCAUUGGUGAUACAUCAUUGGAUUUGAACAUGUCAGUGAGCUUGUCAACAUCUAUGAAAGAUUUGAAAAUUCCAUAUGUACUUGUGAGUCAACAAGAAAAGGAACGAAGAAAGAAAGAAGUCAUGAAAACACGAUUCCUAAAUGGAAAAAACACUUUACAAAAGAAAGCAUUCCCAAUCAAGUUGAAAAUGAUGGUUUUUAGAAAAUUAGAACAACUUCACUUUGCUGCCUACAUUAACCAAUUAGAACAAAGUGAGGAAGAUAUCAAGAAAUUGGCAUCUAUUCAAUUUGGAGAAGCCAUUACAGAGAUUUCAGUCAUUCCAAUUAUUUCCAUCAAUGAACAGGGAACUAUUCAAAUAUUCAAUUCGGCAUCCACUGCCACAUUUCACUAUUCUAAAAAGGAAGUCAUUGGAAAGAAUGUUAAAAUGUUGUGCACACCUAAAAUUCGAAUGAACCAUGAUGAUUUCCUGAAGAGAUACUUGACAACCGGAGAGAAACGAGUCGUAGAUUGUGUUAGAUCUGUGAAAGGUCAAACUAAAGAGGGAAAACCCAUUCCAAUUGAAUUGAGAGUUUCAGAAAUUAUUGAUCCAAUCAGUAAGAAAUCAUCUUUUGUUGCAUUUGUGAGAGAUACCAAAUCAAUGGUUACACAUGAGGAGCAAAUUACUAAAAUUACGGAAAAGAUCUUUCCAAAGAAUAUUGUUCAUCGGUUGACUGCAGGAGAGAAGGUCAUUGAUGAGUUACAGAAUUGCACAAUGAUGUAUUGUGAUAUUGUGGGUUUUACAGAGCUUGCCAAUGGAAAAUCACCUUCAAUUGUUGUACAUAUGUUGCAUGAUAUUUUCUCAUGCUUUGAUGAUAUUGUUUAUUCGAAACAACAUAAUUCAACACUGGAAAAGAUCAAGACUAUUGGUGAUUGUUAUUUUGUUGCUUCUGGAUUGGAUAAUGAUUCAUCCACUAAUAAUAAGAAACAAAUUUCCAAGACAAAUUCCAAUGUAAAUAACAUGUUAACCUCACCCACAAAUGAAAUACCAAGUACCAAUGGAACAAUGUGUUGCGUUCGAGCAGGAUUGUCAAUGAUUCAAGAAUUGGAACAAUUGGUUUCGAAAAAUUCAGAUCUGAUUGGAGAUUCUUCAUUACAGGUUAGAAUUGGUAUUCACACCUCACAUAGAGGAGUGACAGCAGCUGUAGUUGGACAUAUGAAGAGAACAUAUGACUUGUUUGGAAGUGAUGUUUUGGUAACACAAUUAAUAGAAGCAACAGGUCAACCAGGACAAGUUCAUUUGAGUGAAACAUCUUUUAAUGCCAUCAAAUCGAAUGAAAAACUUUCAUUUCUUUUCACACCAAGAUAUAGAGCCAAUCAGGAAAUAUAUUUGGAAAAACAAGGAGUCUGCAAAUUGCCCAUGAAUACCUAUGUUUCUGAUUUACAAUGA